AUGGGCGCGGGCUUUAGCGGGGCAGAGGCAGCGAGCCAUAACCUGCUGGAUGAGGUGCUAGAAGAGGCGACAUACCUGAAAGAGCCCACGAUCAUGCUUCUUGCAUCUUUUACGAGCUGUCUGCUUGCGGAAUGUCUCAGCAAAGCUGGCGAUGACGAUACCCGCGCGGAGCUGAGCUCAUCCAUCAGCCAGGUCACCACGAUAUACCCGCACUUGCAAGCGUCCUUGAGCCGUAAGUGGAAUAGCCGCGAGGCAGCCAUUGGAGAGUUGCGAGUGUGCGUCGAUGCUCUGUUCGAUGUGCUCUCGACUCUUGACGACAUUCUGGAGACAUUGCUUGAAGAGCGUGUGGUGCCGGGACUCCAUCAACUGGAACCGCCUGUUAUGGGAGCAGAGCCUGCGCUGAGUCAGUUCAUGGCACAUGAGACCACACUCAAGGCUAAGCCAGUCGCAGAAGAGGGACUUGAGGUAACAUCUGUGCCUAUAACCGAGUACCCUGAAGGAGGUAGCUCUUCCGUAGCAGAUAGCAUGGUCAGUAAUGCAGGGUCUCUGGGGGUUGAGGGCACGCAGGACGGGGAAGGUUCCGCAGGCGAGGAAAGAGAAAUCCGCUAG